AUGCUUCAGCGGCCCCGCCGGCCCGUCUGCUGCGGCCCCGCCGCCCCCACUUCGCGGCCCCGCCGCCCUUUCUUCAGCUGCCCCGCCGCCGCCCGUCUGCUGCGGCCCCCGCCGCCCCACUUCGCGGCCCCGCCGCCCCACUUCGCGGCCCCGCCGCCCUACUUCAACGGGCCCUGCCGCCCUACUUCAGCGGCCCCCGCCGCCUACGUCUGCGGCCCCGCCGCCCGUCUGCUGCGGCCCCGCCGCCCUACACCUGCGGCCCCGCCCGCCCUACUUCAAGGGCCCCGCCGCCCUACUUCAAGGGCCCCGCCGCCCUACUUCAAGGGCCCCGCCGCCCUACUUCACCCGGCCCCGCCGCCCUACGUCAACGGGCCCCCGCCGCCCGUCUGCUGCGGCCCCCGCCGCUCUCCCCUCCUACAGCAGCGCGCACCGAGCCGCCGACCGCCGCGCCGCCCUUCUACCGUCGUCAUGGCUACCCCUAGUGUCCUCACUUUUGACGCUGAGGGUCGAGCCAUUGACUUUGAGGUCUGGGUCGACAACCUGCAGCUGUUCUUACAGUGCAAUAGGGCGGACGGUCUUUCUCUCUUUGACCUCACCUCUGGCGCCUCUCCUGCCCCUGCUGCUGAUGCUGACCCCACUGUUCGCUCUCAGUGGGCCACCCGCGAUGCUGCUGCACGUCUUGCUGUGCGUGGCCACCUGCCUACCACUGAGCGCAUGCAAUUAUUCAUCACCCGCCUCCCUGACUCCCUUCGCGUAGUCAGGGACCACUUUCUCUCAGUCUGUCCCACCACUCUCACUGUUGACCUCCUAGAGAAGGCCCUCCUAGCAGCGGAGAAGAGCAUAGUCGCUGUAGGAGCCUCUCGUGGUGACCCUCGCACCCCCAUCUUUGAGGGGUGUUCCCCUUCCCCCCUGUUGCCCUCUGUUGCCUCUGCUGUCUGCGGCCGACCUACUUGUCGGGCGGAGGGAGUGGGGUUGGCGGUGGGAGUGGUGGCGGAGGUGGUGGUGGUGGUCGGCGGCAGUGAGGCGGAGGCGGCGGGGGCGGCGGGUAGCGGUGGGAGCGGAUGGUGGCGGGUGGUGGCGGCGGUGGAGGCGGCGGUGGCGGGGAGGAGGUGGAGCUGGUCGGGGUGGUUGCCUCGCAGCGGAGCGGCUCUGGUGGUGGUCACCGCCCGCCAGCAGCAGCAGCAGCAGCGUUCUCGGGACAUCCCCCCCCCCUCAGCAGCUCCGUUUGAGUGGUACACGCAGCGUCAGCGUGGUGGGGGUUUUGGUCCGUGCACCUACGUCCUCGCUCCGGCGACCGCGCGGGUGAGCAGUGUGGGUGUGCCCACCCCCACCCAGCGCUGCUUUGGCCGCCUGACGGACGCUUGGCGUCAGCAGUUCCCCGAGGCUAGUGAGAUCCCCCGCUGGGGAGAGCUGUCUAGGGCAGGCGUAGCUAUCUAUGAUCUUUACUUUGAUGCUAUCCUUGCUGCCAUGUAUGCUGUGACUAUUAGUGAUGAGGGUGACUGUUACCGGUGUUUCUCGCCCGACCCGGGCAUAGGUACUGCUGCGCUAGGUGCUUGUGAGGCUGUUGCUCUGGUGUGCCAGCGCGUCUGCGCCCUCAGGUACUGUCCUCCCGUGUCCUGCUGCCCCCUCGGGCACCUUGUCUGGUCUGUACCUCCCCUCGUUCUGACGAACUUGGUGAGUGGUGCUGACCUGCAGGAUGCGGGGGUUGACCAGUUCACUCCUGCGAGUCAGCAGGUGACCCACUGCUUGGAUGCCCGCACAAGCCGACACCUGGCCACGUUUUCACGCAGGCCGGGGUCGAGUCUCUACACCCUGACCACUGCGUCUCCUCCUGUCUCUGCGUCUGGCCAGGUAGCUGCGUCGGGUCCAGGUGCUUGCUGCUGCGUCCAGUCCCUCCCUCCCCUUCCUUCGCGGCCUGGUCCUUCCUGUGUCCCCUGUGUCGAGGGGCGGCUCCGGGCUGCCCCUCACUCCUCUCAGUUUCCCCCGACAGAGGCUCCGCUGCAGACGCUUCACUUGGACGUGUGGGGCCCGGCCCGCGUCCGUGGACAGGGUCACGAGCGCUACUUCCUACUGGUGGUUGACGACUACUCGCGUUACACCACAGUCUUCCCCUUGCGCAGCAAGGGUGAUGUCACUGCGGUGUUGAUCGACUGGAUCCGCUCAGCUCGUCUCCAGCUCAAGAGGAGCUUCGGCUCGGACUUUCCUGUUCUGCGUCUGUACUCUGACCGAGGCAGAGAGUUCUCCUCGGGCCUUCUGCGACCCUUCUGUCGUGCGCGAGGCAUCCGCCAGACCUUCACGCUUCCGGACUCUCCACAGCAAAAUGGGAUUGCUGAGCGCCGCAUUGGCAUGGUCAUGGACGUCGCUCGUACGUCCAUGAUGCAUGCGGCUGCCCCCCAUUUUCUGUGGCCGUUUGCGGUUCGGUACGCGGCGCAUCAGAUCAACCUUCAGCCCAGGGUCUCCCGGCCGGAGACCUCCCCAGCUCUGCUGUGGACGGGGAAGGUCGGCGAUGCGUCUGCGUUCCGUGUCUGGGGAUCUCGGGCGUUUUGGUGGCAGUUCUACCACCCCUCCUCUCGUCGUGUUCUGUCCUCCCAGGACGUCACGUUCGACGAGUCAGUCCCCUUCUACCGCCUCUUCCCCUACCGCACUCCUUCCCUCCCCCCGCCACCGCACUUCCUCGUGCCAGGUCCCCCCCAGGUAGACCCCCUUCACCCUCAGGGUCCUGCCCCUUCAGGUGUGUCCCAGGUAGACGCAGUCGAGCCGGUCGAGGUUGCUGGUGACUCUGGUACUGCUGCGGGUGCUGAGCCUGGGGGUGCUGACUCUGGGGUGCUGCGCGCAGGGGUGCUGCGUUUGGGAGCUGCUGAGCCUGGAGGUGCGGAGCCAGCGGUCGCUGGACCUACCCUUGUGGCGUCUGGCGAUGCUGAGUCUGGAGGUUCUCCGGGUGCUUUGUCUCGGCGGGAGCCCCUCUCUCCACAGGAGCUGCGCGGGUGGUUUACUCGCCGGUGGAGCCGUACUGCUGGAGCUGGAGCUUCUUCGGCCGCUGAGGGUGCUGGUGCCGCCGGUCCCGGAGCUGCUGAGCCUGCGGGUCCGACUGGAGCUAGAGCUGCUGAGGGUGUUGGUGCUGAGACUACUGCUGUCCGUCCUGGCGGUGGUCCUGCUCCGGGUGCUGGUGGUGCUGCUGGAGGUCCUGCAGCUGGAGGUGCUGUUGGCGCUGGUGCAGCCUCUGAGGGUGCUGGUGCUGUCCCUGCUGUGUCUGGAGUUGGCGCGCGGCCUCGGCCAGCCCGCCUCCCACUGCCUGCUCCCUCUCCUUACACUGGUCCUACUGGAGGUCUUGCUGAGCGUCGUGAGCCUGCGUCUCGUCCCGCGUCGCCUGUUCGUGCUGCUCGCGCUAGUGGUCGCGGUUCGCGUCAGCGUCAUCCUCCUGUCCCUGGCACGCACCGGAUGUCUCUGCGUCCGUCCACUGCUCCUCUGCGUGCCCCUUUGCCUUCUCCUCCUGAGUCCUCUCUUCUUGUGCUUGCCGACCCUGAGUCAGACUCCCUUCGUGCUGCCAGUCCUACUGUCACGCGUCUCCUUGCUACUGUCGUCACCGACCCCUCUUUUGAGUCCACUGCUGCGUCUGCUCUUGUCGCUGAGCUCGUCGACUUUGCUACUCGCUGUCGCACGGACGUCCUAGAGGACAGGCAGGAGGAGUUACAGUCUCUGGCUGCUGCUUCACCUCAUCUCGCGUCUGUACUGCUUGCUCCUGAGGGAGACCCGGAUGCACUAGACAUCCCGACUCCGCGCUCCUACGCGGAGGCCGUAGAGGGUCCCUACUCCUCUCAGUGGCAGGCAGCUAUGGAUGCAGAGAUGGCUUCCUGGAAGUCCACAGGCACCUACGUUGACGCGGUUCCCCCUCCUGGGGCGAACAUCGUCAGUGGCAUGUGGAUCUUCAGGGUGAAGCGGCCGCCAGGCUCUCCACCUGUCUUCAAGGCGCGGUACCUCGCUCGUGGCUUCAGUCAGCGGCAGGGAGUUGACUACUUUCAGACCUUCUCUCCCACCCCGAAGAUGACCACUCUUCGGGGUAGCCUGCACGAGGAGAUCUGGCUGCGCCGUCCACCUGGCUUCACUGGGACUUUCCCUCCUGGCACCCAGUGGAGCCUCCGACGACCAGUCUACGGUCUCCGCCAGGCACCACGUGAGUGGCACGACACACUGAGGACUACGCUUGGGGCUCUUGGGUUUGCUCCCUCUACUGCUGACCCGUCGUUGUUUCUGCGCACCGACACCUCUCUGCCGCCGUUCUACAUCCUCGUAUACGUCGACGACUUGGUCUUUGCCACAGCUGACACUGCUGGACUCGCCUACGUGAAGUCCGAGCUGCAGAAGAGACACACGUGCACAGACCUGGGUGAAGUGCGCAGCUACCUUGGCUUGCAGAUCAUCCGGGACAGAGCACGCCGCACCAUUACCUUGACUCAGUCACACAUGGUGCAGCAGGUCCUUCAGCGCUUCGGCUUCACGUACUCCUCGCCUCAGGCCACUCCUCUGUCUACUCGCCACUCGCUCUCAGCUCUGCCUUCGGAUGAGUCCGUAGAGUCGAGUGGCCCGUACCAAGAGCUUGUUGGCUGCCUCAUGUACCUGAUGACCUGCACACGACCUGACCUUCCAUACCCUCUUAGCAUUCUUGCACGCUAUGUUGCUCCUGGGAGACACAGACCAGAGCACAUGGCUGCAGCGAAGAGGGUGUUUGCGCUACUUGUGCAGUACUUCGGGCAUGGGGCUAGUGCUUGGAGGGCGGAGUCCAAUGUGAGGCUGAGAUCUACGCCGGGGGCCAUGGCUGCACAGGAGCUUCGCUGGCUCACCUACCUGCUGACCGACCUUGGAGAGUCGCCUCGUUCUCCUCCAGUGCUGUACGUAGACAAGAAGGCCAUGCUGGCCUUGUGUCGUGAGCAGCGCCUGGAGCACAGAACGAAGCACAUUGCUCUCCGCUACUUUCUUGCUUGUGAGCUGCAGCAGCGUGGUCAGUUGCGACUUGCGUACGUGGCCUCUGAGGCCAACACUGCUGAUGUUUUCACCUAG